CUGCCCCACGUCGGCGAAAGCGUCGUUGAAGGCACCAUCGGCAAGUGGCUCAAGCAACCGGGCGAUCGGGUGGAACGCUUUGACCCGCUGGUUGAAGUUGUUACCGACAAAGUAACCAUGGAAGUGCCCUCCCCGGUGGCUGGGCAAUUGUUACGCAUCAUCGCCACGGAAGGCGAGACCGUGCCGAUGGGAGCCGCCAUCGCGGAGGUUGAAACCGACGAACGCGCAACUCCGGCCCCGGCGGUCCAGGCGGCAGCGGCGUCUCCGACGGCGCCGCCGGCUCCUGUCCCGCCGCCACCUCCGGCGACGCCAGCAACCUCGACGACGCCCAUGUCGUACCUCAUUACCAACGCGCAGCCGCCCGCCGCCGGGCCGGCGACUGUCCCGGUUCCGGCCCCCGUCUCGGAAACCAUUGCAGACGAGGAAAGGUUAGCCAUCACGCCGGUGCGUCGCAUGAUUGCCGAGGCAAUGGUGCGCUCGGCGAGCCAGAUUCCCCACGCCUGGAGCAUGGUGGAAGUAGAUAUCAACGAGCUGGUAGCGCUGCGGAACCGCGAGCGACACGCGUUCCGCCAGCGGGAAGGCAUCAAUCUGACCUACCUGCCCUUCGCGCUGAAGGCGGUGGCCGGCGCGCUGAAGGACAACCCAACGCUGAACGCCUCCUGGGGCGAUGACCACAUCGUGCUCAAACGGCGCAUCAACCUGGGUAUUGCGGUCGCCGCACCCACCGGGCUGGUUGUGCCCGUCAUCCACGACGCUGACCGGUUGAGCAUAGCCGGGCUCGCCCACGCCAUCGACGACCUAGCCGGUCGUGCGCGUAGCGGUGCGUUGCGACUUGAAGACGUGCAGGGGGGUACGUUUACCGUCAACAACACCGGCGCCCUGGGCAGCUCCAUCAGUGGCCCCAUCAUCAACCACCCGCAGGCCGGCAUCCUGACCACCGAAGCCGUGCAACAGCGGCCGGUAGUCAUCAACGACGCCAUCGCCAUUCGCUGGAUGAUGAACCUUUGCCUGUCCUUCGAUCAUCGCAUCAAUGACGGCGAGGAGUCCGGAGCGUUCCUGCAGUCGGUCAAGCGUCGCCUUGAGGCGGUGGAUGGCGACACUCCCAUCUACUGA